UUCAAAGCAUUUUGAGAAGCGAUUCAACUCAACGUAUCUGAACAAGUUAUUGCCUAUUCCUAUUAACCGCAUCAUGGCUGACACGUACUUCAGUUUGGCUGACGCUUUGGAAAGCAGCUACAAGCCCGACUCUGGGGAAAUUGACUCUUGUAUGUGCUGCUGUCAAAUGGUCAAGACCAGUGACCAAGAUUCAGAGUGUGGCCUGCAUUCAGUAAUCGACCUGAAGGUGUCCGAACAGCCACAGAACGUGCGUAAUGUGGUCAACCUCGUCAUUGCCUUGCACCGCAUGAUGAAAACCCAGAAAGUGCAGAGCACCGAGUUUACCGACGAUGAGUUAUGCAACAUAUUCUUGGAGAAUUUGGUGGAAGAGUAUGUGACGCCGACAGUCCAUGAAGAAACUCACCAGGCUGCCGACCACUACAACUUUAUAGGUCCGGUCCAAAAGUGCUACAUCUGUGACGAGUUACAGAAGAGCCUUGUUCUGAGUAAAAGCAUCACCACCGAACUGCAGGCCAUCACACUCCACGGAAACAACUUGAGCAGAAGAGUGGAACUGGAACUGUCCACAUACAAAGCCUCUGUCCCACGUGAGAGGGGCCAGCCUAUCGCCUUGGGGGUGGGGGGCAACCUCUACCUUUCAUGCACAUCUACCUCGGGGAAACCUGUCCUGGGCCUGGAGAUGGUGAACAAGGAGGACCUGAAUAACAUCAGUGGCGACAUGAAGCGUUUCCUGUUCUUCAAGACGGUCAGUGGCCAAACAUUGACCAGCUUCGAGUCGGCCAAGUUCGAGGGCCAUUACAUCAGCACGUCCUACACUAAUAGACAGCGUGUGGACAUGUCCUUGACUAAGGACGCACCCAACCGUCUGACAUCGUUCAAGAUGACCGUCCUGUGAAACUGCCAUUUCUGCUACGUACACCAAACAUCCAGAGAGUAUGUACUAUGUACAGCCCUUUGCCUGGGUGUUUUGUUCUUACAUGACUGGAUUUGUAGGAUAGACAACAGAAAACCCAAACACAUACAGUAAGAGUUCCAAAAUUUGUAUUUGUGGAACAAUGUCUUAGUAAAUACAAAAUGUAUCACCUGAUAACAAGUUAAGUAGAAGUUCAUA